AUGUACCUACCGACCGAACUGCACGACGAGAUCCUGCAGCAUCUCGGGAAAGCGGAUCUUCCAGCCUACCGCCUUAUCUGCCGGGACUUCGCCAGUCAUGGAGCUAGGCCACUCUUCCAACGCAUUCGCUUCAAGACAUCGCUGCCUGAGUUCAAAAGGCUGGCCAGAAUUUCCACCCGUCCUCACUUGGGCUCUUGCGUUAAGUUGCUGGUAUGGGACACCAAUUACUGCGGCUACGAGGCCGAAAGUCUUUGCGAAGGACUCAAAACACGCGAAUUGGACUGGCUGCUCAAAGGCACUUCCGCUUCUCAAGCCUGUACAUCGCAGACAGACGAACAAACGCUGGACGAUGGGAAACAACCGUCAAUCGGCUCGCUCGGCCUCUUCCUCUUCCAGGCGAUCUUUUCCGGGCUCCCCAAUCUCUGUAAACUGUACGUCCUAGCCGCUGAUUUCCCCGCACAGGAGUAUCCGCAAUGGAGGACGGGACACAGUUCCGAGGUGGAAGCCUCCAACCAAGAUUGGUAUGCUACUCGCGAGGGGUACGAGAAGCUAUCGAGCUCGCGCAGCAAGCGAAUUGUGAAGAGUGACGGAAGUUACGAAGUACAGAUAGCGCUGCUAGCGGCUCGUCUAGCCGGAUGUUCCAUGUUAGAACUCCGUGGGGGAUAUCUGAACUGGCGCCCGUUUCUGCAGGCAUAUAUCUGGCCACCGAUGGAACCCUUCGCUCAUCUGACGAGCCUUCGUCUAGUCCUCAGCUUGCCAUCGGCGCAACUGGCGCACAGAGUCCUGCCCGGGGAAAUCUCCCACACUCCAUCCAGAGGGGCCAUGAUUUCCCUCAGGAAUGCCCUCCACAGCGCGACGGGCUUACACGCGCUCGAACUCCAGCUCGAUCCGCAGAUCUGGUGGCAGGCGACAGACUUCCAACGCCCGGGCUUGGUACUGCAAGACAUUGUCGCUUCGACGCAGCAAUUCCCCUUCCUGAAGGAACUCACUCUCCACCGCUGA